ACUAUGUUGACAUUGACAGUGACAUCUGACAUCUAACGACUUUUAUGAUUUUGGAGCAAACGUCUUUUUCUUUAAUUUAUGUUUGAUUUAGUCCAAUACAUCGAAACACUGCAUGCGGAGUCUGCGCAUUAGGCUUUAGCACAAUUUCAUCAUGCCGUUUAAUACCAAACGUUCGAAGUAUAGAAACCUUAACAUCGCUAUCACGCAACGCGCAUGCGUUUUCGCCGAUGGAAAACACAGUGAAAAAUCGUUAAAGAAAUCUUAUAUAUACGCCGAACGAAAUUCUGGGGAGCGUUUAUUUAUUUUACGGAUAUCAUGAGCACGUAGUAUGAGCUAAUAAAAUGAAUCUCAAUUUGAAAGAAAGUUUUGAAAGAUGGUGCCGCCUGUGCGCAGAGGAACAAGAAGUUACAAUGAUGAUAUAUAGCGCCGAAGCUGAAGCAAUGCUGCUUCAAGAAAAACUCAACAAAUAUUUCUUAAUCGAGAUUGAUGAGGAUGAUAAUUUACCAAAAAACAUUUGCAUCCAGUGUUGUACAAAAUUACAAACUGUCUGUGAAUUUAUAGAUAAAGUUAAGAAAGCCCAAAAUAAACUAAUAAAUCACUGUUCAGUCAUAAACAUUAUAACAAAUGAGAAUCAGACCAGCACACAAAUUAAAACUGAAGCUGAAGAUGUUCAUGAAAACAUAUCAAAUGAGACACUAAUGGAAGUUAGUGUUGACCCAAUGAUAGUGUUGCAGAAUUCAGAUGACACAUUGUCACCUAUUCCUGAAAGUUAUGAUAAUGUUGAAGAUGUAAUGCAUUUAAAUGGGGUAGAUGGUGAAGAUGUAACGAUUAAACUAAUUAAAAGAGAUGGUACAGAUAAAAAUAAAACAGAAUCAACUGGUAAACAAUUCCACUGUGUAAUUUGUAAGAGAGGUUUUUUUUCAGACUUGUCUCUCAAAAAUCACUCUUGGACACAUAUAAAUGAUAAAACAGUUAAGAAAUACAACUGUAGCAGUUGUUUAGAAGGUUUUGACUUCAAAUGUGACCUUAUUGCACAUUUUAAAAAACAUCGAACUAAUGGCAUGUGUCAAAUUUGUGGACGAAAUUUCAGAACUGAGAAGAACUUGUCCAUACAUAUGGCUGCUCAUAUAUCCAAGGCUAAUAAAUACACAUGUAAAAUUUGCAAGCGUUCAUACAACACAAUGAGCAAUCUGAAAACUCAUAGCAUCACUCACAGCAAUGAGAGGCCUUACAAUUGUCACUUGUGUAAGAAAUCUUUUAAAAGAAAUCAAGACCUAAAGUUUCACUUAAACCAACAUACGGGUGCAAAACCGUACAAGUGUCCAUUCUGUGACAAGUCAUUUGCAAGUUCCGGGAACUGCUACUCCCACAGGCACCGAAUGCAUCCUGGAAAACAAAUAGAAGGAAAGGAAUAUAAAGAACCACCACCUUCAUUGGUUACAAAACCUGAGUUACAAACUGCAGCUUUAAAAAGUCCUUUGACAUUAAUAAACGGUGUCUUCAAAUACCAGUGCCAGCAAUGUGACCACAGUUUUAUGAAGAGAGAUAAUUAUUUGUACCACAUGUACCAGCAUACUGGAGAGAAGCCGUUUCAAUGUACUUAUUGUAAUGAAACAUUUGUGACUAGGAAAGGUUUGCUUCUACACUAUGACAAGAUACAUCCAGGAAGGGAUCGUCCGCUUGCGCUGCUCUCAAGAAAUGCAUUACUUAAGUGAAGAAACAUGUAAUAUGUGACAAAAGGGUAUUUUAAGAAUAAUUUCUUGAUUAUGUUAAUUAACUUUUUCAUACAUAUUGCAUUUGAAGUUUGUAAUUUUUUAUUUUGUUAUUUUAUCAAGUUUUAAAUGCAUAUUUUCAUGUUAAAUAGUUGAAAUUACUUAACUAUAUAGUUUUAUCUCUAGUAUUUAUCAAUAUUAAUCACCUUGCUAUUGCAGAUUUGUGCUUUAAUGAAUUUGCUUAGUGUUUUGGGUGUUGCAAUUGAUUGCAAAACCAUAUUUUUCAUAUGUCAAUAUUUAGACUACAUUCAUGAAGAACAAGUGCCUGGUAAUCAUUAUGCUGAUAUUACUGUAGGUUUUCACUGCCUAAAACCUGGAUAAAAACUUAUUUGCCAUUCUUAUUAUUCUCUUAGAUAGAAAAAAGUAUAACAAUACUAUAUUUUUGCAUGGUUGCUUUAGCAGUGGAAAAGAAUAAUUCAUAAAUUGUCAAAACGGUCCAAGAAUCAUGCGAAAUAGAAAUUGUUGUAUUUCUCAUAGCCAUAACAAGAGUGUCUUUAAUAAAGAAUAAAAAACAUACUAUGAAUUUGUAUUUUUUAUAUUUGUCAUCAGUUUUCAGUCGUAAUAAAUAGAUACUAAAAAAACCGUUCUUUCGUUCAAAAAUGUUCUUAGCAUUCAGAUAAAAUAUAG